UGAGCACAUGCCGUGUUGAAUCCAAUCCUCUCGUUCUCGUGCAUUUCUUUCAGGUAGUAGAAAGAGUGCAAAUUAAUUAUUUUAUCUGAAACUGUAUUUUCAGAGUUAAAGUAUAUUGUUUUAUUGUGGUUUGAUAUUUAAAUAGUAUUUCUCAACAUGACGUCACUUAACCCUGUUCGGAUUCUAAAGAAUGAGGCGGAAGAAGAAAAGGCUGAAAUCGCUCGCAUGUCGUCGUUUAUUGGAGCCAUAGCCAUUGGAGAUUUGGUCAAAAGUACUUUAGGACCUAAAGGCAUGGAUAAGAUUCUCAUAGGUCAUGGUCGAAAUGAGAGCUCCCUCGAAGUAACCAAUGAUGGAGCCACAAUUUUGAAGGCAAUUGGAGUUGACAAUCCAGCUGCAAAGAUUUUGGUUGACAUGUCCCGUGUACAGGAUGAUGAAGUUGGUGAUGGUACAACUUCAGUCACAGUGCUUGCGGCUGAAUUACUGAGAGAAGCUGAAAAGCUAAUAGACCAAAAGAUCCAUCCUCAGAUCAUUAUUUCUGGUUGGAGACGUGCCACAACAAUCGCUAGAAAUGCACUGAAAAGCUCAUCAAUGGACAAUAGCGCAAAUUCUGAAAAGUUCCGUGAAGACCUUUUGAACAUUGCCCGCACAACUCUGAGCUCCAAGAUCUUGUCUCAACACAAGGAACAUUUCUCUAAACUUGCUGUGGACGCAGUUCUGCGGCUCAAGGGAAGUGGGAACCUAGGAGCCAUUCAGAUCAUCAAGAAGAAGGGAGGGGUCCUUGAAGAUUCUUUCUUGGAUGAAGGAUUCCUGUUGGAUAAAAAGCCUGGCCAGCACCAGCCUAAGAGAGUGGAGAAUGCCAAGAUUCUGAUCGCAAACACUCCUAUGGACACAGACAAGAUCAAAGUGUUCGGCUCUCGGGUCAGAGUAGACUCCAUGGCCAAGAUUGCUGAACUCGAGGUCGCCGAGAAGGAGAAGAUGAAGGACAAAGUAGAAAAAAUCGUCAAACAUGGCUGCAAUGUCUUCAUCAACAGACAGCUGAUCUACAACUACCCAGAGCAGCUGUUUGCGGACGCUGGUGUCAUGGCCAUUGAACAUGCAGACUUUGAUGGCAUUGAGAGGCUAGCACUGGUCACUGGCGGAGAGAUAGUGAGCACCUUCGACCAACCAGACAAGGUCAAACUGGGACGUUGUGAUGUCAUCCAAGAGGUGAUGAUCGGAGAGGACACUCUGAUGAGGUUCAGUGGUGUGGCGCUAGGAGAGGCGUGCACUAUCGUCAUACGAGGCGCCACUCAGCAGAUCAUAGACGAGGCUGACCGCUCCCUGCAUGACGCCCUGUGUGUACUUGCUGCUACUGUGCGAGAGAGCAGCAUCGUCUAUGGUGGGGGCUGCAGUGAGAUGCUAAUGGCGUGUGCAGUACAAGCAGAGGCAGCCAAGACAGCAGGCAAGGAGGCAGUGGCCAUGGAGGCGUUUGGUCGUGCUCUACAGCAGCUGCCUACCAUCAUAGCAGACAAUGCUGGCUACGACUCAGCCCAGCUGAUCAGUGAGCUGAGAGCGGCUCAUGCACAAGGCAACUCCACCUCUGGACUGGAUAUGGAGGUUGGUAGGAUCGGAUGUAUGAAGCAGCUGGGCAUCACUGAGUCAUUUGUGGUGAAGCGCCAAGUGCUGCUAUCAGCCUCUGAGGCAGCCGAAAUGAUUUUGCGAGUGGACAACAUCAUCAAGGCGGCGCCACGCAAGCGAGUGCAGGACCGCGGCCACUGCUAGACAGCACAAAGCUAACACUAACCUCGCUUUACUGUAACAGCCCUCUUGUUUGAGAUCAAAUUGCUUUUUCCUUAACCCCGCAAAGUAUUAUUUUAUUUCCUUGUGCACGUUAACAGCAUUUAUUGUAAAUAGGUUAUGAACUCACUUCCGUUCUCGACUUAUUGUUCGCGUAAGGUUAAUUUUUUUAAAAUCAGUUAUUGUUAAUUUUUUUUUGUCACAAUUGUCUUACAAACAUUUAUAACAUAUUAGGUACUUAAAAUUAUUAUAAAUUAAUAAAUUUGUAAUAAAACUUUGAUUUUAUUUCUUA